AUGCCUCUACUCUCUAAUCUUCAUUCUCUUCUUUCUUACUUCUUCUUCUUCUUUUUCUCCAUUGUGCCAUCCCAUGAAUCCUCUGCUUUGCUCCACUUUAAAAACUCUUUCUCCAACAUCAAUGGCACUACCUACUGUUAUGAUUAUUAUCAUCUUGAAAUUGUUAAUCCUAAUAGUGCAAUUUCAUGGGAUAUAAAGAGCAAGGAUUGUUGCAGAUGGAGUGGUGUCACGUGCGAUGACGUCACAGGCCACGUCAUACGUCUUGACCUCAAAUGCAGUGAGCUUCAAGGCAUUCUUCACUCCAACAACACUCUUUUCUCUCUCUCUCAUCUCCAAUCUCUUAUUCUCUCUUAUAAUAAUUUUUCUCAGUCCAAAAUUUCAUCUGAAUUUGUGGCCAAGUCCCGCUCCAAUUGUCUUACUUGUCUAACUUGCUUACACUUGAGUGGCAAUAAUCAUUUGAAACUAGAGACAUCUAGCUGGAAAAGAACUGUUGCAAAUCUAACAAAUCUCAGAGAGUUGUUUCUUAGCGAAGUCAAUAUGUCUUCUACUUCACCUGAUUCCUUUAUGAAUCUCUCAACUUUUUUGACAUCUCUUGAUCUUAGUUACAGUGAAUUGCAGGGGAAACUUCCAGAAAAUGUUCUCAGUGAAAUUCCAGAAAUUUGUAGUAACUCAACAAAAAAUCCAUUCUCGUGUAUCUCUUCAAAACAUCACUUAGUGGGUUCUCCUCCAUUGCAUUUAGCAUUCCUGUAUCUAUCUAGGAAUGAGCUUAAUGGGACAAUACCUUCUUGGAUAUACUCCCUUCCAUCUUUACAAGAUUUAGAUCUAAGUUCCAAUAAAUUCAGUGGUAGCAUUCAGGAAUUCCAACACAAUUCCUUGCUAUCUGUUCUUUUACAUAAUAAUAACUUACAAGGCUUCUUUCCCACAUCAAUUUUUCAGCAAGUCAAUCUUUCUAAUUUGGAGCUUUUCUCAAAUAAUAUGAGUGGUGUCAUGCAAUUAGACCAAUUUUCAAAAUUGAAAAAGCUCGAAUAUCUUUCUCUUUCUAAUAAUAAUUUUUCAUGUGUAUCGAAUAAUUAUAAUAAUGAUACUUUUCCCAAUACUCUUAUUGGAUUGUAUUUGUCUUCAUGUGGUAUAAGUGAGUUCCCCUACUUCCUAAGAAGCUUGCAAAAUUUGUUAUUAUUGGAUCUCUCCAACAAUCAAAUUGAAGGCAGUGUUCCCCAAUGGUUAUGGAAUGUGGGUAAGGAUUCAUUGAUAUUCCUAGAUAUUUCUCACAACUCUUUGACACAAAUAGAUCAGAUUCCAUGGAAGACUCUACAACUCAUUAAUCUUGCCUUCAACCGACUUCAAGGUCAUCUUCCAAUCCUACCACCUUAUACACAAUUUAUUUCAAUCUCAAACAAUUCAUUUGUUGGGGAAAUAUCACCAUCCAUUUGCAAUCUCAGUGAGCUCCAAGUCGUUGAUUUGUCCAAUAACAAAUUAAGUGGGAACAUUCCUCCAUGCCUAGGAAAUUCAUCAAGCUAUCUCGAAGUGCUAGAUUUGAGGAAGAAUAAGUUUCAUGGAAUCGUUCCUCUAGCUUUUGCCAAGGGAAAUAGUCUAAGAGUUUUGAAUGUUAAUGAAAAUCAUUUGGAAGGGUCAUUGCCAAAUCAUUGGUCAACUAUAAAGAGUUGGAACUUUUAG